AUGCCACCAACAUCUUUGCUGUUUCUCCUAUUAUUUACUUCUCUUUCCUUUCUUUGUAGUAAUGCAGCAAAGGAAAGCUUCAAUGAGACUUUGACCGUGCGGCCUCUUCGAGAUGGACGCGUCGCAGCCCGGUUCUUGUUCACCAUUACCCAGGCUACCUCAGUUCCUCGAGAACCCACAACACUCUUAGAUGAAGAUACUCCGCAGCAUUACUCGCUUCUCCCGCUGUCUUUGGGUCAAGUACUUCGAGAGUAUGCCGUGACAGAAGCACAUCUAAGCCUGAAUGCUGGAAAAUGGGACUAUGGCAGAUGGGGUGAUCCGGAAGAUGAAGCAGUUGCGAGCGGCGCAGAGUUAUGGGCAUGGAUGGGUGACUCUGACCAGAUGAGCGUAGAGGAUCGGUGGAAAGGCCUCCGCAAUGCGUUCUCUGGACUGUUCUGUGCCUCAAUGGGAUCUUUAGAUGACUUGCGAACAACAUCUCCUAGUUAUGCCUUUCGGCCAGAUGGCGACCUUCCAAAACUCUCCUCGAACCAAACACACAAACUCCGAUAUGCAUCACUACCUUCUGAGAACGUUUGCACGGAGAACUUAACACCUUUCCUCAAGUUACUUCCAUGCAAGUCUUCUGCGGGAAUCGCAUCUCUACUCAAUCCGCAUCGAUUGUUCGAUGCAGACUGGCAUGGAAUGAGCAUCCAUGUAUCAUGGAGCAAACAGGAAGGCGUCAAGCUCCAGAUGAGUGUCCAAUCUGUAUUUGAUCCUGUUCGUCUAUCUAGUCAACAAAAGCGAGAUUUCUCGUUCCAAUCGUUGUUCCAUCGUUCCAUAUCGGAGGCAUGUCCUGUUGCGACGGAAAGUAAGGUCGAAAUGACUUUACCUGAAGAUGCCGGGUAUUUGAUCACACCAGAGCCGCUUAUUGUGCGAGAAAACAUUGCCUUCUACAAUAUUGCAAAAGUCCAUGCCUUACCGCUGGACGUUUCCAUCCGAUACCCAACGGAAAACGCAUUUUCAUACCCAGCAUUAGGAACGUCCGUGGCUCCUUUGUCUGAUAUUCUUCUGACAAGGACGUUGAGUGGAACAAGUCAAACACGAGGGCGAUUAGCUGUCUCAAUUUGGAACAAUCGUCCUCAUGACCUGCGAUUGCUUUACGUUGAGACAAUGCCGUGGCUAGUUACGUUCUAUCUUCACACGCUUGACCUGACAGUCGACGGCCAGAAGCGAGAGGAUCUGAUGUCGCUUUUAUCGUAUACGCCACCUGAGGCCCAUGGACGACCUACACUCCUUGAAGCACAGCUGACCGUUCCUGCAGAAUCAAAAGUCGAGUUGUCGAUGGACGUGACGAAAUCGUUCUUGCGAUAUACAGAGCACCCUCCAGAUGCCCAGCGUGGAUGGGACCUGCCGCCAGCUAUAUUUAUAGUAGGCAGGAACGACUCGUCAAAGCAAAGUCGACGAAUAUAUAGCCCAGCAGUACUCGUCGACGUCGCAACUCCGGACUUCAGUAUGCCGUACAACGUGAUUAUUAUGAGUAGUACCUUGAUUGCGCUCAUAUUUGGGAGUAUCUUCAACCUCCUUACGCGUCGAUUUGUCGCCAUCGUCGUUGAGGACAAUGGAAACGCAGGUAGUAAUAGACAGGUUAACUAA